AACUUUUUUCAGCUACAUUUGUCUAACGAUAAGAUCAAACAAGAAGUGAAACAUAAGACCCAUUAGUUGGUAUCAAUGUAAAAACGACAAGAAUAGAGAUUUUCAGAGGAGAGGUUAGCUUAGGAAGUUCAUGUUACCAUGGUUUCCAAGAUGAGUAAGAAGUGCUGGCUGAAAAAUUUUUCAUGUCAGUUCCACUAAUUUCACUCAACUUGGUAACUGUGAUCAUGAGAAUAAGCUGAAUGGAUUUUUCUUAAAGUGAGCUAUGGCAACAUAUGAUCCUUUAAGAAAUAGGAAAAUGCAUACCCAAAGUACCACUUAUUCAUACAAUCAAAAUCGUUACAACUCCGGACAAAAUCAUCACAUUAAUGACAGUCAUGCAGGUGAAAAUUUUUCGCAAAAUGAUGCCAAAAUUCCCAGAGGCACUGAGUUCCAGAAGCCACUCACAAAAAAACUUAGUGCCCCUCUACCCAUCAGUAGCAUCACUGGCAACAUCAUCUGUGCUCUCUGCAAGGAGCCCAUUAAAGGUUUGAUUGUGCAAGCAUUGAAUCAGACAUGGCAUCAGGAACAUUUCAUCUGCUACCACUGCCACAAGCCAAUUAGUGGUCAAAAAUUCAAUACAAAUGAGGGGCUUCCUUUUUGUGAGGAAGACUACGCUUUACUUUUCUUAAAGAAAUGCGCCGGCUGCAGUCUGCCAAUCAAAGAUGUUGUUGUCAGAGCUUUAGAUAAGGACUGGCACAGAGAUCAUUUUGUCUGCACUUCAUGCGGUACCAAAUUAGCGUACAAAGGCUUUUUUGAAAAGGAAAAGAAUCCAUAUUGUCAGCAGUGUUACGAGCAAAAAUUCUGCCCUCGUUGCAAAGAAUGUGAGCAGCCAGUCUCUGACACAAUUAUCAUAGCCCUUGGUGAAAAGUGGCAUCAAAAUUGUUUCAAGUGCAAGCACUGUGUUCAACCUGUGACAGAUUCCACUUUUCAAGUGAUGUAUGAUAAACCGAUUUGCGCUAAGUGUGUUCCUCUAGUUUCUAAAUAAAGCAAUUAUUUUCACAGUGA